AGAUUAUGGGACCUUCAGCCACCACCCACCCAGGGUUUGCACUUAGCAGGUGUGUGGCAAAUGCUAGGAAGUGUCUCUGUGGAAGAAGCUACACUCCAGGUAUCUUCAUGUUCCCUUUUUCCUUGCUGGAACUCCCAAGUUAGCUUUUUAACCAGACUGACUCAGGGACCUUUCUGCACAUCACUUCUGUUUCCAUUUCCUGUAUAAAGCCCUGUUUAACUGCAAUAGUGGAGUGACAGGGUGUUUCAAAGCAAACCAGCCCCUGCAAGGCUCUUUGCCCUAAGCUGUGUAAUUGUGUUUAAGGCAGUCACUUGUACCUGAGUGUACCUGUCAGUUUCUGUGAAAGAAACUGCUGCAUUUGGUCUGUGGGACCAGAAAAUAUAUUCCACAAAUACAUCUGGGGUGGAGAUCUGCUCAAGGUACUGCCCAACACAAGGAGCAAAGUAGAAGAGAAGUAACUUGUAGAAAGUACAUCUGCCAGGAAAAAUCUAAAAAUAGACAGCUAGUUUUCAUUAAGAACUGGAGAAGCAAAUCUGCAAGUAUGUUUUUUGAGGGUUUUUGUUCAUUUUUUAAGUAUGAGGGGACUGCUGUCAGUAGAAUUGCAGGCAUGGAUUAUUUAUAGUUCAUCUGGGCUUUUGUGGUACUCACCUCCUGGACCUUGACCCCGAGAUGAACUUGCAGUGCUCAGGAAGUACUACACCUUAGAAAAUAAUAAAAACUGGAGAGCCACAGUAGUAACACUUUUAUCCUGGUUAGGACAGAGAAACAGAAUAUUGCUUCUGGCACCCAUCCCCUCACCCCACAAAAAAAAGAAACCCAAAGAAGAAAAGAGAACUGUUUUCUAGAUGGAAAAGCAGGAAUUGUGGCAUGAGACUUGAGAAGUCUCAGAAUUGAAAAUGUGUUGAAUAAAACCAAGACUAGCAGUAAUCAUUCUGCCCAACCAAACUGAAGUUGGAAAUUGAAGUACAAAGAAGCACAGACACCGGGAUCAUCUUUGACUGUUGAACAAGGUAAGAGAUUUCUGGUCAGCACUUCAGAAAAGGAGGAAUAGUGGAAUAGGUUUACAUUACAUGGACAGCAUUGAUAAGUGUGAGAUUAAUUUGGUUGACCUCACUUCCUAAUUUUUCUGCUCAAAACACUUUACAAUACUGUAUGAUGGAAGAGGUGGCAGUACAACAGGCUGUGGUGGGCUGAAUUUCAUCAGCUGGAAACUUAAACAGCCUCAUAACUUGUUUGUUCCUGGGAGGUGUUCACCAGAGAAAUCUUCAGGAGCACAAGCAGAAAGUGACAAUGGUGAAUGCUUAACCACAGAAACCAAACAAGUGAAAAGGUUUUGGCUAACCUAUUUGUCUCUGCUAGACUGAUUGGGAAUUUUGUUGGUAAAUCCUCUCAAAUGCCAUAAAGUUGUCUUUUUUGUCCAGUCAUGGGAGACAGUUUAGAUUCUGGAUAGUAACCCUCAUGAGCUUGGAGAUAGUUGGUAUCUCCAUAAUAAAGAGCCAUGGUGUGGCUCUUUAUUAGUAAUUUUCAUCAAAGUAAUCUUUUAUUUGAUAUUUUUUUUAGUUACAGGUGGCUUCAGUUUUUGAAUAAAUUUCAUUUGAAAAACAGGGACAUUAUUUAGAAUGGUAUGUGUGCUGUAGCUGUAUUUCAGUGAGCAUUGCUCUGUAGAGAACUGUGAUUCAGCUAGUCAUGUUUGCUAUAUGAAAAUACAUGUUCCUUCUCAGAAAUGCAAGCUGUCAGAAAACCAUCUUUAUUUUUGGAGGUGCUGGGAUGACUUGGUGUGUUGUGUCACUAGAAUUACAGUUCCCUUUUUUUCUCAUUCAGCAAGAGUUCUUUGCAUGAAUACUUUUGAACAGAUACCACUUGGAUGCUGAUAACGAAGAAUUAUAUAUUAUUUCUGAUACAAAUUGUUUCUGUAAAGGCUUUUGUCAAAUCAAGGAAGGAGUUAAUUUUCCACAAUUAUUUUGGGAAUCUAUUGCAAGAUUUGUUUUGCUUAUUUUAAGAAACUAAAUUAUUUUGCUUUUAGAUAUGCCUUUUGCUAUAAUAAAUGUAGGAGAUUUUCAGCUGUUGCAAGUCUACAUUUCAGUGCUGAAAUCACUUGAAUAUAAAAAUGAUAGCAAACUAACAUUAAUAAAACUGAAUUUACACUUCUAAAAUAUUAUAUUUCACGGAAGCUGAUAUAACCAUAGCAUAGAAAACAAAUUUUGACAGAGAUGGUUACUCUUCACAUUCUGAUGGUACUCUUCACAUUCUGAGUGCUUUUGAGUACUUUGAUGAAAGAAAAAAUACUGUAAAUCUAAAAAACCUUCCAAGAAACCUUUUUUUGGGGUGGAGAGGGGAGAACCAAGAAUAUGUUGCUGUUUUGAAACAUACCAGCUAUUCUGUUAGAUGUCAGAGCAUAAAAACAAAGGUCAUUUUAUUUGAUUGCUGUGAGUGUUGUAUGUGUAAUGCUGCUGGUAAUUCAUGAUAUGUGAGUUGCUAGCAGAGAGAAGUGAGCAUUGUACUGCCUAAGGAGCUCUGUGUAAAAGCUUUGCAGACAGACACCUGGGAAUCCAGCUUUGAUAUACUUAUACAAAACCACUCCCAAAAAUAGUCACUCCAGCCAAAGCAGCAGUUUGUUCAGGCUGAUCUGAGCACAGUCUGGGUGUCACCAUGCAGAGCCAGCCCUGAAGGGUUCCUGGUGGUCUGAAUGCAGUCUGCCAUGGCAGGGCAGCUUCAUCCCCAUUUCCAAAGUGAGCUGGCCCUGGGUGGGAGCUGAGAGUGCUGCUGCUUUCCUGUGCUCUGUCCUGGCUGCAGUUUCCUUACUGAUCAUCUCUGCAGCUCUCUGUACUCACUGCUUGCUGCUGCUCAUGUCAGGUAAUACCUGAACAGAGAGGAAAGGAUCGUGACUCGCCCUGGCUCUAUCUUUGGGGGAAGCACUGCUUUUGGGAUGCAGAGGAUAGUGCUGGAACAGCACAAGGCUUGCUCCUUUAGCACAGACUCCACAGCAGCCCUGUCACCAGAAGAAACAGUCCCACAGAGAAGUUGCUUCAGUAUUUACAUAUACCACAGUGCUUAAGCCAGUAAUGCAUGUAUAGAUGUGUUUGUAUUUGUACAAGCAGAAGACAAAAUGCACGAGACUUUCUACUGGAGAUCAGUGUGCUCCCCGUGAUGUUCUGUGGCCAGCAGGAUUUUUAAAAAGAGCAGAAAUGGAAAGGCCAAUGAAAAAGCGUGGUUAAUUGAAUGUGAAAGGUGCUGUCCUUGUUUGGACUGUCUGUUAAUGGUAUGACAAGCCCUGGUAAAGAGCUUAGCUGGCCAGAUUAAAAUUAAAAAAUUGUGUCAGUCCAUCUGCUAGCUCCAAGGAGUCUGCUUCUAUCACCUUUUCUCGUUUCUUCACUAAAGCAGAAUAUUGUCUUUGAAAAGAACAGAGCCAGGAUGUAUUGGUUGACUGUUUUUACCUAAUGCUUUCUCCAAAGAUAAUGAUAUGUGACCUCAAGACAUUUUCAACAAGUGCAAUGCUCUUGGUUGGUUCAAGGCUACGGUAAAGGCAACAGCUCUUUUGCAAAAAGGGAUUGGGAUUUUUUGCUUUUAUAUUUUUUAUUAUUAUUAUUCUACAAAUAAGCAUGUUUGGCUUCAUAUGGAAAAUCUUUCUUUGCCUUCCGGGAAUGAUUAACACAGAUCUUCAAAUGGUUGCAGCAGAAGCGUACUCAGCUGCAGGACGAGGACAGGCUGAGGAUGCUCAGCUCAGUGCCUGGCAGCUGGCAAAGCCUUCUCUGCCCCCUGGGCUGGAAAAGCCCAGUGGCAUCAUGGACACUGAGCAGUUCCACAGGCACCUGCAGCUCCGCAGGAAGCGCUCCAUCCUCUUUCCCAGCGGGGUGAAGAUCUGCCCUGAUGAAUCUGUUGAGCAGGCUAUUGCCAACCAUCUGAAGUACUUCAGGCUCAGAGUGUGCCAGGAAACAGUCUGGGAGGUCUUCAAGACAUUCUGGGACAGGCUGCCGGAGCGUGAGGAGUACAACAGCUGGCUGGGGCUGUGCGAGGAGGGCACCAUGAGCAUCUUCCAAAUGGGCACCAACUUCAGCCAGUCCGAGGAGCACCGGAGCCUGAUCCUGAAGAAACUGGCCUACACCAAGGAAGCAAUGGGCAGUUCCUGUGCUGACUGGUCGUGUGGGUAAUUUCUGAUUUGUUUUUUAUCUAGUGGGACUCCUACUCCACCUUUGGAUGCUGAUGUUACCACACUGAGAGAUGCAGCGGCCAAUGUUCCUCCCCCUCACGAGGUCUCUGUUGAGAGUCCUGCAGGUGAUGCCAUCCAUGAGCAUGACAAUGUGGACACCACUAUCAAUAACGAGAUCAAGAAGCAGGAUGAAAAGCUGGUCAGGCCUGUAGCUGAGCAGAUGAUUGAGUUCAACAUUUUGAUUGUUGGUGAACAGUACAGCGAGGAGCUGAAGGACCCAUCUGCUGCUGAGUACCAACUGCUGUCUGAACGAUUCAUUUCUCAGAUUAAAAGUGUAUUUGAAGGACUACCUGGAUACAAAAACAUCCAUAUCCUGGAUUACAGCCCUUCUGAGGAAGACAGUGGGGUGGAAGUUCACUAUGCUGUCACAUUUGAUGGAAAAGCCAUCAGCAAUGCCACCUGGGACCUGAUUAACCUUCAUUCAAACAAGGUGGAGGACAACUCCUUCAUGGGCAUAGAGGAUAAUCCAACAGUUGUGUACACCAUCAGUGAUUUCCGAGAUUAUAUUGCUGAGAUCCUCCAGAAAAGUGCUCUGCUUGAAAAUGCUUCCAUCUCUUUAGACCCAAACUCUCUUCAGCUUACUAAUGUGAAGGAAAUACUGCACCCCACGUCAGAAGACCCCUCCUGGGUUCCUGAGCAUCCCGUCGUGCUGGAGCGCCCGGAGCUGGAUGACAGCACCUUUCUAGCUGAGCGCCCUUCUGCAGAUGAGUCGACCGUCAGCAAUGCCUUGCCCUUUGACUACGCAGAUUCCACCUCAGACAGUGAGCAGGCCAGUGACAAUGAAAUCCAGCCAAGGCCACAGAACGCUGACUAUGAGGCUGGUUUGGCACCUGAAGCUCCACUUCCCUCAGAAGUUGAUGUCACUUCUUUGCCUGAUGGGCAGAAUUUAGAGACUACUCAUUUAGUCACUGUACCGGUGUUAGAGCAUGAUUCUGUGGACUCUCUGGAAUGGCUUUCAGCCCCCAGUGCUUUAGAUGUGUUUGAAGAUACUGGACUAUCUGAAGAACUUUUGCCUUUAAGUCCUUCUCACCUUGUGCCUGAAGAAUCUCCAUCUACCGAGGACUCUGCAGUUCCUCUGCUCUCUGCACCAACAGUGGCCUCUUCGUCAGUCAUAGAGACUGAUACUAAAGAGAAGGAAGAAGUAAUCCAAGGUAGUCCUGAGGGCAGUGACAGUGCAGACUCUGUGGAAGAAAUGCCUUUUCCCUUAGAAGUGCCCCCUAUGGAAGACGAAACUGAUAUAUUUCUUGGAGAUAGAGUUAUAUAUGAUGAUGGGUCUGGUUCAGCUUUUGAUGGUUCAGGAAAAGAGAUGGAAUCAAGUAUCUGGCCUUGGGAAGAAGCAACCCUGGAACCAGUUUUCUACCCUGGUCCUGAUAGCUGGCUUGAAGAUGACAAUGAGUCUUUAUUAACCAAAACUGAGGAUAUUCCUGAAGGCAUGAUUUUAGACUAUAUUCUUAACUCUGGGAAUAAAUUAGAUUAUGAUCUUUCCAAAGAUGAGAAUGAAGGGAUAGUCGAUAUAAAAGGUUUCCUUGAUGAGUCUGAAAUAUUUGUCUUUCCAGAAACUACAACUCUGCCAGUACCUCUGUUACAGACAGAAGAGCCAUCGACUGUGGAACCAUCUACACAGACAGAAACUCUGGGCAUGUACGAUUCCUCUUUUGUCAUGCCAGCUGCAGAGGCCCCUGUCUCACCACCACAAACAGAUCUGUCUGUGGAAGAUAGUCUCCAUGUAUCCACAGGGACUGUCAGCAUGGAGCAACCUGAGGAGUCUAGUGUAGGCCAGAACAUAAUCCCUGAAGUAGCUGAACACCAAAACAAAGACAGGGCAGUGGUAGAAGAGCUGUUCACAGUGAAGCAGCCAGACGUAAUGGAAGCUGCUACAAUAGAACACUUGGACACAAUCUCUUUAGAAACUAUUCUGACUGCAGACCCUGCUGUGGUAAAGCCUGAUGCCUCUACACGAGAGCAGCAAGCCCUGGAUUCAUCACUGGCAGACCAAAACACUCGUGGAUCAGCAGUGAAGGAACCAGCUGGUGUUUGGCCUACUGACAGGGCACUGGAAACCUCCUUAGAUCAGACAGUGCAACCAGCAAUGCCAGUGGUUACUCAGGGCCCAGCUGCAGUUCCUUCUGUAACCGAUCACACCGCCGUCCUAGAGGGCUUUGCUGGACAGGAUGGUACAGACCAUGGCACACAUAUUUCCAUCAGCUCCAGCACUGUUGUGGAUUACCAAACAGUGAGUGUAACAACCAGCACCACUGAGCUUCAGUCCCAUCCUCCUCCUGUGGGAUCCACGCCGUCAUCGUCUGUAGCUACCCCAACAAAACUGGGAGAUGGCACAACAAGAGUCCUGGAUGUUUCAGCAGACCUGGGUCGUGCUAGCACUGUCCAGUUUGCUCCUGAGCAGACUGAGGAGGGAAGGAGAAUGACUGAAAGUCACAUGGAGCGAACAACUCGUGUCCAGUCCACAGAGAUGGCCAGCGUGGCUUGGGCCACCCAUGAAACUCACUACAGCAGCACCGUCCCAUCCCGAACUCUCGUUGUGUUCUUCAGUCUUCGGGUCACCAACAUGAUGUUUUCAGAGGACCUGUUUAAUAAAAACUCCCCUGAAUACAAAGCCUUGGAGCAGCGAUUCUUGGAACUGCUGGUGCCGUACCUUCAGUCAAAUCUGACGGGAUUCCAGAAUCUGGAAAUCCUGAACUUCAGAAAUGGCAGCAUUGUGGUGAACAGUCGAAUGAAAUUUGCCAAACCUGUGCCUCGGAAUGUCACCAACGCUGUGUACAUGAUCCUGGAAGAUUUCUGCAACACUGCAUAUCACACCAUGAACCUGGCCAUCGACAAAUACUCCCUGGAUGUGGAAUCGGGUGAGCAAGCAGAUCCCUGCAAGUUCCAGGCCUGCAAUGAGUUCUCAGAAUGCUUAGUGAACCGCUGGAGUGGGGAGGCAGAGUGUGUCUGCAACCCUGGCUACCUCAGCAUCGAUGGGCUGCCGUGCAGCAGCAUCUGUGACCUGCAGCCAAACUUCUGCCUGAACGACGGCAAGUGUGACAUCAGCCCUGGGCAAGGGGCCAUCUGCAGGUGCCGUGUGGGAGAGAACUGGUGGUACAGAGGGGAGCACUGUGAGGAAUACGUGUCCGAGCCGCUGGUUGUGGGUAUUGCAAUCGCUUCUGUGGCAGGAUUCCUUCUUGUGGCAUCUGCUGUCAUCUUCUUCUUGGCCAGGACCCUUCGAGACCAGUACACAAAGAGUGAUACUGGGGACUCCCAGGGGCAGGGUGACAGCCUCUCGUCCAUGGAGAAUGCAGUUAAGUACAACCCCAUGUACGAGAGUGACACGACUGGCUACAGCCACUAUUACCGGAGGUACCCGCAGCUCACGUCCUACAGCUCCACCAGUGCAGAGACAUCCACAGACUACAGCAGUGAAGAGAUCAGGCACAUUUAUGAGAACAGUGAGCUUACUAAGGAGGAAAUUCAGGACAGAAUUCGAAUUAUAGAGCUCUACGCUAAGGACCGCCAGUUUGCAGAGUUUGUUAGGCAGCAUCAAAUGAAGCUGCUUUAAGAAAAAAAGAAAUUGAUAGAAUACACGUGGGAGAUAAAUGCUACCUUGCUGCCCCAGCAACGGGCUCAGAUGUAACUGCAAAGUUACUUAUAGUCUUAACAUUGCAUGGAUGGAUACAGAUGUUUUCCAAAUGAAAGGCUAAAAUGUACAGAUGUCUGAUUACCUCAAUUUCUUCUGGCUUUUCCAUGUAAACUGACAUUUUUAAGAGGCAAUCAGAAGUGGCAAAGAUUAUGAAAGUUCAAUUUUCUUUAACUUCAAAAUGGACAUAGAAAGAUUUUGUAGACAAAAGGCAAAAAAAAUCUCGGAUAAGACAAGAUACAUGGACAACCAAGAUAAAAUGCACAUUGAAAAUCCCUGCCUGGCAUUUUAUCCCCUCACUGGAGGUUCAGUGGCAAUUUUAUGGGUAUAAAACACUAGCAGAAGGUAAUAUUUGAUUUGCAAAGGAAUGAGUUGUAGGGGAGAGCUAUUGUGCUAGAGUUAUGUUAGCAUUAUUUUAAAGCAUUUGCAAGAUUUUAAAGCAGACACAAACAAAACCUCACUGGAAAAGCUAUUCUUCUGUACAUUUGGCAUUAGCAAAGCAGAGGGUAGCACCGAGCCUGCAGCCCCCUGAGGAAAUCAGCAUCACCACUGCCCAUCAGUGCCCCACAGGGAGCCUUGGCCAGGCAGGGCAGUGCUCUGCCCCACACCACAGCAUCUCUAAACCAGCAUGGGUGGUUCUGCAGCUCAUUCUGGCACACACACAAGCUGGGGCACAGAAGGGCUUCCAUCGUGCAAAUGUUCUGUGAAGCUUAAGUGACUAACCUUGAUUUUUACUUUUUUUUGUAUGUAGACAUUUUAUUUCAUAUUUCAUAUUUUCAUUAUUUAUUUGUUGUGUGUUUCCUUCCCAGCUUGUUUUCAUAGUGGAUUUAGUUGUUGAAAUAGAAAGAUGACUAGUUUUAAUAAUUAAAUACUACGCUGGCAUUUGUGCCCAUUUUUUAUAUCUGUAUUUUAUUUAGUGUUUACUCAGGGUUGAAUUCAGCCAACUAAUAUUUGAAAUUAUUGAACUGGGCAAUAGCCUGUCAUGAGCUCCCUUUCAAAAUCGGGUACUUAAGUCCAUGCACAUUUGGUAGGGAAGGGAAAAACACAUUUGGUAGGGAAGGGAAAAACUGAAAUUAUUCUUAGUUUACUGGAAAUCAGCAUAAAAUUCCUUAAACAGGAGAAGCAUUUUGAAAUAGCUGAAUUGAGAGGGGGACUUCCAAGUAAAGAAAUGGAAUUUUAUCUUCAAGUUAUGAGGAGAGUUCUGACUACACGUGUUGGGGCUCUGUUCAGUCACCCGAGGUCUCUUGUUUAGGUCACUAACACAGCUGGCAGGGUUAGGGCAUCAAUUACCAUCACAGUAGCUUGUGCUAGCAAAAAAGGCCAAGUGAUUUAUUUCUGCUACAUCUGUAGUUCUCGGCCCACAUGUGCCAACAGCCACCUGACACUCUCUGGAGUUAAGUGAGAGUGAGAGUUACUGGAUUGUCUUUAGACAGCUUAGCUAAACAACAGAAUAUUUCCAUGCAAUUUUUCUACAUCCUGCAGAACCUCACUGGAUCACUCGUGUAGACCCUUCUUGCCUUGAGUGGCAGGGGAUGGGAAACAGAGCCACACAUCUGUCAAAGAAAUGCUUAUAUAAACCACUGGAAGCCAAAUAAUGCCAGACAGCAGGAAAUACUGCGGUGCUGCUGAACACUGUGAGCAGAUGUUCUGAGAUGUUUGUGCUCUCCUGGCUGCCCACAGAGCAGCUGAUGCAGAGCCUGUGAGGCACAGCCACCCCUCGUGGCCCUGCAGCAGCAGGCUGAGCCAUCCCAAAGCCUGGGGCAGGGCAGAGAAUUGCUGGGCUCAGGGUGGGCACAGCCUGGCACCUGUUUCUGUUUCUGUGCAGCUCACCUGGGCGAGCUGGUGCUGCUCCUGCUCGCUGCAGCUGGGGUCACACAGGGUGUUCUGCUGUGCAGGAGCUGAGAGAGGCUUGGUUACACUGAGUGGGAGGCGUUUCAGUGAAUAUACAGUGAUGUUUUAUUGUGUGUUUGUAUACAUAUGAACAUGAUGGUAUGUUUUCACUACAAUAAAAAAUUGUUUCCAAAAUAUGUUUUUCUAUAACAUUCAUGUAGAGGCUAUGAGUUUGACGUGGCUAAGACACCCAUGAGUAUUUAUUUGUGUGUAGGAUCAGAAAAUUGUUUUGUUUAAAUAGAGUUGGCUAAGCUGUUAAACUCCUUUGCUAACAAAAGUGCCAAAUGUAGUUCAUUAACACUUGCAAGGUUAUAGACAGAAAAUUCCUGCUGGAAAGCACAUACAUGGGUGCUUUGUUUUCAGUUAAACUUUUCUGAAGAUGUUUCAUCCCUAUUCAAAAAGUCAAGAACUUAAUGAAUGAUUGACUUUCUUUGAUACUUUCCCAAUCCAAGGCAAAGAAAAAGAACUCUAAAUAUCCUAACAAAACAAACAAAAAACCCCCAAACCCUCAAAACAACAA